AUGCCCCAAAAGCGCAAGCGACCAGAUCCAGACCCCGCCGAGUCCGAGUCCGCUUCUGUAUCCGCACCCACAUCCAAACCCAAACCCAGACCCAAACCCAAACCCACAGCGCGUAGGGCGACGCGUCAAACCCCGGUUAUACCGCCAACACCACCAGUAACUGCAACAGCAUCAGCAACAGCGCCAGCACCAACAUCGCCAGAGUCACAGCCGCAGCCGCAGCCACUGCCACUGCCACUACCACGUACCGAAACUGCUGUACCACCGCCUACAAUACCAACGUUACCGUCGACUUCUCUCAAAACAAAACCGUCUCCCGAGCAGAAGCGCAGCCGUGCAUCGAACGGGUGUGCCCAGCCUCUGUCGCAACCCACUACAAUUGCUCCGAACAAGGCGCAAUCGCAAACCUCUCCUCCUGUAUUGCGAUGGGCUCCGCUUGAACAGCCAGGUCCAGCGAUACGGCCCCCAGCAACCAUGACAGCCAUCCCCCCACCUCGACCUACCGCCGCUGGUCGCCCGCCUUCAGACCUUGUUGCGCCCGAGAUUACUUAUCACGUACCUCAGUCGCAUGCAAACUCGCUACAGCGGGCUUCAGCUCUUGUCCGGCCAUAUGGGCCUACAGCGCAGCCACCACGUAUACUUGAGCGGCCGCCACCCCCGACAGUCACACCAGUUCACCCACCGAAACCUCCUAUGGCCUCGUUUGUACGCCAGCCUCCACGAGCUGACCGCAACAUUGAUAAAGUCGUGUUGGGUAAUCUUUGCUUCAGUACUUGGUAUCAUAGUUACGACGGAAAAGAACUGCUCGGUGAAUCACCAAGCAACCUAGCAAAGAUGGGUGGUAAAGAUGCAGGCGCCAAAGAUCAAACUACAGGCGGCAAAUCAUCAUCUCGGCGAGAUCGUGAGCACCAUCCUGUGGUCGAUCGUCUUUACGUUUGUCCCAGCUGCUUUAAAUAUUCCAAGGAGUUGCUGCCCUGGUGUCAUCACGUCCAUGUCUGUGAGCGGAAGACCCAAAUACCAGGGCGCAAGGUCUAUGUGCAUCCACGCGGACGCAGAAAGAUCCUUGUGCCACACGACACUAAAGCCUCUGGGCCCAAGAGACGAAAGGGAGAGGGAAACAUUCGAUACGUUGAGGAGAUUGUGCAAGACGAAGGAGAAUGGAGUAUCUGGGAGGUGGAUGGUGAGAAGGACGGGCUUUUUUGCCAGAACCUGUCGCUCUUUGCAAAACUCUUUCUCGAAAACAAAUCCGUCUUCUUCGAUGUUACAGGCUUCAACUACUUCCUACUGGUCUACACGCCUCCAGACCGGCCGUCAAACACCUCGGCAGAAGCUGAACCUCAAGCACCUCGGAUAACUGGAUUCUUCUCCAAGGAGAAAAUGUCAUGGGAUAACAACAAUCUCGCCUGUAUUCUUGUAUUCCCCCCGUGGCAAAGAAAAGGCCUCGGUGCUUUGCUCAUGGGUGCUUCGUAUGAGAUCUCCCGACGGGAGGGCAUCCUUGGCGGCCCAGAAAAACCCAUUUCCGAUCUGGGCACGAAGGGCUACAGGCGUUAUUGGGCAGGCGAGAUAGCAAGAUGGCUGCUCGGGAUCGAUAUGGAUGCGAAGAGUGCUGAAAACGAGGUCCUAGUGGAUGUCAAUGAUUGCAGUAAUGCAACGUGGAUUCUUCCGGAAGAUUGUUUGCAAGUGCUGCGAGACAUGGGCGUCGUCCAAGAGCUGGGCUUAGGCCCCGGCAAGCCUGAGGAGAAGCCUGUCAUCGAGACGGAGACGGAGGAGAAGAAAGGCGAAGAGACGAUAAGGACUUCGCCUGCUACCGAUGGAGCCCCCAAGGAAGAUAUGGCCACGGUGGUCAAGAUGGUGCAGCGAGUGCUGGUAGACAAGCAAGCAGUCCGUCGAUAUGUGGCCGAGAACCGGAUCAGUUUGGAGCAUAUGUGUGACCCGGCCGGGUUUAUUGAAGGCUAUGCAAUCAAGGUACUAGAGACAGCAGCAGAAGAAGAAGAGGAAGAAGAGGCACAGGAAGAUACAGAGUGA